CAGAAAGAACAGUAAAAAUGCAGGCAGGGCACAGGACAAAGCACUUGGGACAAAAUUGAAUUUAGUGAAUGUCACUUUUUGUCAUUUUCAAAUUUCCUGCCAGUUCUGUCCCCGUACGUCCCGACGUCGCAGGGGACGGAACCAGAAGACAGAUGCCGGCAUCCGCCAGAGGACAUUGCCGGGGACACUGCAGGAGGGACAUCGCAGGAACGCAGGACAAGGUAAGGGAAGAACAGAGAGCAGCGCCGCAUGGUAAGCCCGAGUGUAGCUCGGGGUUACCGUUUGCGGUACUGAAA